CGCCUCUGCCUCCCCGCCCCUAUAUACCUCGCCCGCGCCCUCCCUAUGCUGAGCUCGCACCCCCAAACCCCCGCGCCCCCGACGACGACGACGACGACUCUCCCGGCGACGACCCUUCCGACGACGAGGACCGGGCACCAUGGGCGCCUGCCUGUCCUCCUCCAAGCAGGAGGCGGACGCGGAGCGGCGGCGGCGGCAGCGGCCGAGGGGCGGCAAGGCCGAGGAGAAGGGCGCGGCGGCGGAGGCGCCCGCGGUGGAGUUCGGCUACGAGCGGGACUUCGAGGGCAGGUACGAGGUCGGCCGCCUGCUCGGCCACGGCCAGUUCGGCUACACCUUCGCCGCCGUCGACCGCCUCUCCGGGGACCGCGUCGCCGUCAAGCGCAUCGACAAGGCCAAGAUGACCCGACCUGUUGCUGUGGAAGAUGUAAAGAGAGAAGUGAAGAUUCUUAAAGCCCUUAAAGGCCAUGAGAACAUUGUUCACUUCGACAAUGCAUUCGAGGACGAUUCAUAUGUGUAUAUUGUGAUGGAACUUUGUGAAGGUGGUGAACUAUUGGACCGGAUUUUGGCAAAAAAAAACAGCCGCUAUAGUGAGAAAGACGCUGCAGUGGUGGUGCGGCAGAUGCUCAAAGUGGCUGCUGAGUGUCAUCUGCGUGGGUUAGUCCAUCGAGAUAUGAAGCCUGAGAACUUCCUUUUCAAAUCAACCAAGGAGGACUCGCCUCUGAAGGCAACAGAUUUUGGUUUGUCAGACUUCAUAAAACCAGGGAAGAAGUUCCGUGAUAUAGUUGGCAGUGCCUAUUAUGUUGCACCAGAAGUAUUAAAACGGCGGUCUGGACCUGAGUCGGAUGUUUGGAGCAUAGGAGUUAUAACUUACAUUUUGCUCUGUGGGAGGCGCCCCUUUUGGGACAAAACAGAGGAUGGCAUAUUCAAGGAGGUUCUAAGAAACAAGCCUGAUUUCCGUAAGAGACCUUGGCCAAGUAUCAGUUCAAGUGCUAAAGAUUUUGUUAAAAAAUUACUGGUGAAGAACCCAAGGGCGAGAUUGACAGCAGCUCAAGCUCUCUCACAUCCAUGGGUGAGAGAAGGAGGAGAUGCAUCUGAGAUCCCUGUCGAUAUAUCUGUGUUGUACAACAUGCGCCAAUUUGUCAAGUACAGCCGUUUUAAGCAAUUUGCGCUGCGGGCCUUAGCAAGUACAGUCAAUGAGGAAGAGCUAGCGGAUCUAAAGGACCAAUUCGAUGCUAUUGAUGUUGAUAAAAGUGGAUCAAUUAGCAUUGAAGAAAUGCGGCAUGCCCUUGCGAAGGAUCUUCCUUGGAGAUUGAAGGGCCCUCGUGUUCUCGAGAUCAUUCAAGCAAUCGACAGCAACACGGAUGGCCUUGUCGACUUCAAAGAGUUUGUUGCGGCAACUCUCCACAUACAUCAGAUGGCUGAGCUGGACUCUGAAAGGUGGGGCCUCCGCUGCCAAGCUGCUUUCAGCAAAUUUGAUCUGGAUGGGGAUGGGUACAUCACCCCCGAUGAACUUAGAAUGCACACGGGCUUAAAGGGAUCCAUCGAGCCAUUGCUGGAGGAGGCCGACAUAGACAAGGACGGGCGGAUAAGCCUGUCCGAGUUCCGCAAGCUCCUACGAACCGCGAGCAUGAGCAACCUGCCGAGCCCGUCCGGAGUUCCGAAUCCCCAGGCUCUGUGACAAUCGGCUAGGAGCAUCUAGGGGGAAGGAGCACAGUAGUCUGUUUAUUUCUUCUUCUUUCGUGCUGUUUUCCGCGUUCCGUGCGACGUGAGGGUUUGUGAUUUGUUAGCAUCCAGGUUCUGUGUGCAGUCAUUGUAUGGAUAGAUAAGUUUCAAGGUAAAUAUUUACGGAGUUGAGUGGAA